CCCGGCGGGGUGAGGGCUGGAGAUGAGCGGCGAGCUGCUCACGCUAGACUGCCUCGUCCACGUCUUCUCCUACCUGGAGGCACCGGAUCUGCUCCGCGCCGCGCGGGUGAACCAGGCAUGGAACGAAGCCGCAGGCACAACUUCCCUAUGGAGAAGGAUAUGCCUAGAUCAUUGGACCUUUUGCAAUAUUUCCAACCUGACUCCAGGUAUGCAGACAUGGAAACAGUACUAUCUCCACCGCUCCAAACUUGAGCAUGAAAUGGCAUCAGGUCGGCCAUCAGCUGAUUAUAUAUGUCGGUCCAUGAGAGGGCAUAAAGGUAAAAUAGUUGGUAUGGCUUAUCUCUCAGACAAUGAGCACGUGUUUGGUGGUGGAAAGCUGAGGUCUGUGGUUUGCACUGCAUCUACCGAUGGCACUAUUCGAGCAUGGCAGGUCCAAGAGGGUACACAGAUAUGGUCAAGUCCCUCCCAGGAAGUGCCAUUUGUAAAGGUUAUUACUGUCCCAGAGUACAAACUAGCAAUCAGCACAGAUGCCCGUGGAACCAUCAAGGUCUGGCAUGGAGAAAGUGGGGAAGAGCUUGCUGCAUUCUCCACAUCGUCGUCCUCGUCCAGUUUGGUUACCUACUCAGUGAACGACAAGCCCUUCCUAACUGCAGCCACUGCAGGAGGUGCUAUCUAUACGCUAGAAGUUCCUAAUCUAAAUCAGGUUUCAUGUAUUACAGCAUUUCAAAACUCUAGCAUUGAUUUAUUACUUUGUUCACCAGACGAGCAAUGGCUAGUUGCUGGAUCUACUGAGAAUGCAGCUCCAUCUCCAAAGAUAUUUUAUACAGAUUGCUUGAUUAACCCGGCAGAUGAAUCACCUGAAUCUAGCUGGCUGCCUGUCAACAAUUGUGCUGUAGUCUGCUGGUUACCAAAAGCACCAGCAAGAAUAGCAGUAGUGCACCGAGAUCGCAUGUCAGUUCAAAGGACCAUCACAGUGUUUGAUCUAGCUCUCAAAAAGUCUAAAUAUAAAAUGGAAGUUCUAGCUCAACAGGUUGCAAGUUUCACACUACCAGAAGGAACUUGGACCACAGAAAUUCUCAUGAAAGGACAUGGCACAGAAACAAUUCUUUUAGGAUGUGGAGCAAACUUAGAACUAUAUUCAAUUUUUGGGACUCAAGUAGAAGCUUUCCAGCAUCACAACAAUACAAUCACUUCAAUAUGGGUGGAUGCUUUUCGUGUUGUCACAUCAUCUUUGGAUCUCUCACUCCGUGUGUACACAUGGAAAAAAGUAAACAAAAUCUCUUCACUGACAAGUCGCUAUUAUUUACUAGGGGGAACCCACAGAUGGUCAAGGGGCUUUACGGAUGUGGCAUGUGACAACAUCAGCAUCGUAGGUGUGGUGGCUGAAAGUGAUGAAACAAGUAUUUUAAGAGCAUAUUCCUUUAACCUGUAAACAGAGAAAUAUUUAAUGAUCCUUCAUUAUUUUAGCUGCAGUUUUGGGUGUUGCUUCGCAAAGCUUUCUUCUGUUAAGUAUAGGGCACUAUGUAGGGAAAACAAAGGCUUUAUGGUGAACUAGCAGUACCUUAAGUAUGAACAAAGAGCUGUUCCCUUGGAGCAAUAUGCAGUGAUAAGCUUUGUGAACACCCUCAUGUUAAUAGAAGAGAUGCAGAUGAGCACCAUGAAGCUAGGUCCCCUCAAUCAGAAACCAUCAGUUGUGGGGGUGAAGUAAGUCUACAGUAGACAUAAAAAUGCUACUACCACCCCUCAAAUAUAAACUUCAGUACAUCAACCAUAAUGUUUACUAGAGGUCAUACCUAAGCUAUACUUUAUCUAGUCUAAUUAUGAAAUAAAAAUAUUCCUUUAAAAAACACACUAAUUUCAGUAAUGCCACCACUCUUUAUAUUACAGCCUUUAGAAUGCAGUACCUCAAUAAGUAAACCUCACUUUCCAUUAUGAAAAGUUGGGUGCUCUUACACUAAAAAAAAAGAGUCAUACAACAGUUUAAAAUUUAUUGGAUCUGCAACAAAGUACAAUUAGUCACAUGGAAAAUACUCAAUACAUACGUAAAUUAAAAUACAAGGAGGAAACAAUUCUUGAACCUGGUUCUGUCAAUAUAGUGUGGUUCAGUGCAACAUCUCCUGGCAUGGUGUUUUAUCCAGAAGAUGGAUGAUAUGCUGUAAACUUCUUUAAAAAGUACAGACUUAAGUACUGACUACCCCUAAGUAAUAUAGCAGGGGACAUCUUUUCCACACCUGCAAGAUUUAGACCAGUGUGAAGUCUUGCAAAAAGUACAUAACUCAGCUAUAAAUUUACAUUGCAAUGGUGUAAUCAUGGAAGAGUUUGUACUUUCACACAUCUACAGGAAAGGACCACUAUACUUCCUUCCACUGCUUGUGAUUCAUUCAACAUUAUUUGUUUUUAAGCUGGUUGCAAGUCUUCCCUUAAAAAUAUCCCACAUACCCAUGAUCAAUAAAAUCAAGCUUUAAAACUCUUAACUAUUUUAGAUGUUUACUCCUCUAGAAAAAUAGGACAUUUGAGUUGUCAUUAGGAACUUGAGACUUUCAUAAGCACUGAGUACUUUAAGAGAAGAGGUCUAUCCCUCACUUCUAAUAAGAUCAUUAAAAGUCACUUGAAUUAACAAUAUACUUUAACUCUUAUUCAGUGCUGGAAAAUCUUAGCCUAAUCUUGAAAGGAAGGUGAGAGACUAUUUUACCAUAUUACACCACUCACUUUUACUAAAGGAGCAAAUGGUGUGUUCUGUUUGUCCUCAAAAGCAGCACUAUACUGCUGCAACCUUGCGGUUAGUACUGUACAUGGGUUGUCAGAAUGAGUCUGUUGCUGCCACACUUAGUUUCAUUAAAACUUAAUAUGAUCAAAUAUU